CGGUCCUGGGGGCUUCACCGACUCGUUUGCGCUCCGUUUGACGCGCGCCCGGGCACUUGUCGACCUUCAGAUAAUCCGAUGCCUCUCACUCUUGCGACCAUCAGAGAGCCCGGCCCACCUUGUGACACUGCGCUCAGGCUCUUCUACCUGUCCACCUUUACCUUGGGGAAUACCACGCGACCGGUCAGCCGCUAGCAGAAGGCUCCCAGUACUUCCCUAUGUAAUCUCUUCACCUGUCUGCUCCAACACUCCUCCACACUCUCCACCCUACAAAAAUUUGGGGCAUUUGGUAGCUUACAACAGUGUUUGCCUUGCAUACAUAAUCUCCUUACUUGUCGCCUCCAGCAUUCGACACUCUUCUCUUGCUGUGAGCAUUGUCGCCAUAAGGCCUUCGGUAACCGACAACAACCCAUUACUCAACAUGAACCAAGCAGAAGAUGUCGAGGUCGUCCUCGGCCAUGAGCGUCGCUAUAAGUUCCACUCUGGUACUUUGGCGCGUAGCUCCACCCUCCUCGCCGACUUGUUGACCGAGUGCAACGCUGUCAAACUGAACAGCCGUGCCAGGAACGCCGGUAUCAAGACACGCUGGAUGAUCGAACUCAAGGACCUACCUUCUGAACAGUACCCUGCUGGUCGUCUUGAACUUGUGGAACUCACACCAACUGCCGAGCGAGCCGACGGUCGCAGCGGCCUGAUCGUCAACGAGAAUGGACGUGUCCCCCAAGCCGUUAAGACCUUCGAGCACUACGAAAGCAUCUUCUACGCCUUCUACAACAAAGAGCUCAAGAUUGCUGACACCGACAUGUCCGCCGCCCUCCAGGACUGCUACCAACUUCUCAAGAUCGCGGAUUACCUAGGCUGCACCGUUCUUAUCUCCAAGCCCAUCGAAAUCGCCCUGCUGAAACACGGCCAGGACUUCUUCCGGGCCAUUCAGAAGAAGCCACACGCAUGGAUUGAAAUGUCGUACCGAAUCCGCAGCGAACUCAUCUUCCGUGAGUGCAUCGUCCACCUAGUCGGCAACUGGAGGGUCCUGAAAGCUUCUCGCAGCACCCUCGACUACCUCCGUGAGGUUCCCGGUCUACGCGGCCUGCUCGAGAAGUACCAUCGUGCGAUGCUCAGCCAGUGCAAAGCCGUCGAGCUCGCCGUCAUGUCCCUCUACCCCGGUACCAUGCGCCUCCCCGUCGAAGACUUACCCAUCAAGCGCGAAGCCUACGCUAGAGACAUUCUCGUCUGGAUGGCACUGACAUUCUUCCGCCACUGGAUCGGACAGCGUCUCAUCAUGGACAAAGGCCGACACAGCUCUGACUGUGGCUUCGAACUCUACAAGGCCAUCGGCACAGCAGGAGAUUCCUACAUGGACAAGUCAGUCAUCAACCAGUUCCACACGAAGUUCCCCAUGACGAAGAAAGCCAUGAAUGUUCUGGAGAACCAUCUGCUUGAGAUCAAGGAGUGCAUGAAGAACGUCGUCGACCAGCACAAGAUCCUCAAGUCAACCUGCCAGUUGGAUAUCCACCGCUUCCCUGUUGAGUAUCUCACUUGCACUGAGUUUGACAAGGGAGAUUACCCAUGGGACAAGGACAGCGAGGGUCCUAGGGUGCUUCCGGCGAAGAGGGCGUACAAACCUGGUGGAAACGACAUUGCCCGCAAGAAUUUGGAUACCGCGAGGAUGCAUCAGGAGAGGAGUUUGAGUGUGGAUGGUGAAGACGAGGAGGAUGAGGUCGAGCUUGAGAGUGAGGAUGAGGAGGAUACUAGGGGAAAACGGGCAAAGGUUGAGUAA